AUGAGCCACUAUGGCACGGACCUCAAGAAUACCGUUGACGGCCACUCCCGUGUUGUGAUAGCGGAGGCCGUGGACACCGCUGAUGAACAACUCUCAGCAUCGCAGAGAACUGUGUUUAAACCUCGGAAUUUGGAAGCGCUGUUUGCCACCAAGCUGUCUGUCUGGUAUAGUUCGGAGCAGCCCUGCGUAUCUCGGUUAAGGGUAUAG